UUCGCAUUCAAUACCAAUCUCGGUUUACCACUGCCACCUAGCAAUCAUGACGAGCAUUCUCCUAUUCUGCACCUCCGACGUGCCAGCAAGCGUAUGAAAGCUCCGUCUUGAGAGACUACAAAGCACAACUGACUUCUACUGUCACAAUCAGACGAUCAAUCAAUUCAUGACAGAAUUCGCUGACGCUAGCGAAGAUCCAAGUAUCUUCUGUCUGGUCCGCACCCCCGACCAGGAACAAUUCGAUGAAUGGGGCACCGAACCACCUGUGCAAGACUUCACAACAGGCUUCAAAAACGCCCCUGAUUCUGCUCUCCGCCUCUACACACAAAAUCGAAUCGACGAACUCAAGGCUGCAGGCAAGGCCGGCGGACUAUCUCCAGGGUGGCUAGCUAAGCUUGACGAGCGAUCCCCGCAUGACUCGACCGUGGUUUUGCAGUACCGCAAGAUUAAAGCCAACUGGGCUCAGGCAUUGGAAGAUGCUGAAGAGCAGUUUCAAAUCCCCGGUCAGGCGGACGUUGAUGACCAGUAUAUCUGGUGGAAGUGGCGUGUGCCAUUUGCGGAUUCUUUCCAGCUGUUUAACAGCGUCGACGAUGGUAUGCCAGAUAUGAUUCGGCUGUUCACCCGACCUGAGUUUGUGGACUCGGAGGGCGUGCUUCAUGUAGAUGUCCCACGUCAGAUCAUCAAGGGGGAGAUUCCGGAUCCCAUUACGGAGAGUGCAAGCUGAGAGGUUGCCGAUAUACUGUCAACCCAUCCAAUUGUUAUCCUACCCCUGCUCAUCUCUCAAAAAUUCUGGUAACAGAGACUGGCUUUAC